AUGUCAUCUUCAACCCCACCAGCUGGAGCAGCCGUUGGAACCGGACCCCAGCCGGAGUCGACGUCAACCUCCGGGAAGCCAAGCCCGGGCCCGAAUCCGGCGCCUAGCAUCCCUAACCUCCUGGCCCGUAAACCAAAACUGGACGAGGCUCGCCGGCGCCGGCAACCCGAAGCCGGCAGUCUCCAACCCGUGCCGGAAACCCCGCCUCUACCUCCUCUACCAGACUUGUCAACUGUCAAAUUCCAGACACCCACUCGCCGCAUCCUCACUCCCCAAGAUCACAAGCUGUUCCUCGCCUCCCCAACUUACACGUUGGUGGUCUCCUUCAUCUUCCACCUCUCCGAAUCCGUAGCCGACAAACCCAUUUCAUCUGUCUCUGCUUCCACCGUCACACCCACCGUCCAAGCCCUCCUGGACAUCCUCACCGAGAUCGAAGAGCUCUGCCGUUCCACCCCCCCAGACGACACCACCGGCUCCCGCUUCGGCAACAAAACCUUCCGCACCUUUCUCGAUAAAGUCAAAUCCCGCACCCCUCACUUCCUCUCCCUCCUCAACCUCCCACCCCAACACGCCAACGACGCCAGCCCCGAACUCUCCACCUACCUCCACCACUCCUUCGGCAACGCAACAAGGAUAGACUACGGCUCCGGCCACGAGCUCAACUUCUUCCUCUUCCUCCUCUGCCUCCGCCUCCUCUCCCUCCUCCCAGAACCCACAUUUCCCUCCCUGGUCCUCCUCGUCUUCCCAAAGUACCUCGAGCUCAUGCGCCUCGUCCAGCUAACCUACUACCUCGAACCCGCCGGCUCCCACGGCGUCUGGGGCCUAGACGACUACCAAUUCCUCCCCUUCCUCUUUGGCGCCUCCCAGCUCCUCCACCACGACUUCCUCACCCCCAAAUCCAUCCACCAGACUUUGUCCCUCGAACAAUUCGGCCCGGAAUACCUCUACCACAACCAAGUAGCCUUUGUCAACUCGACCAAGACGGUCCAAGGGUUGAGGUGGCACUCCCCCAUGCUGGAUGACAUUUCUGCCGCGAAAUCCUGGACAAAGAUUGAGGGCGGGAUGAGAAAGAUGUUUGUGAAUGAGGUGCUGGGCAAGUUACCGGUGAUGCAGCACUUUUUGUUUGGGGGGUUGAUCCCGGCGACGGAGGAGAUGGGGAAGCUGGCUGAGGAGCAGCCUGAGUUGACAGAGGAGGAGAUUGAGAAUGGGAAGCUGGUGAUUUUUGAUGAUACAGAGGGCAAGAGGCAUGUGCAUCAGCAGGCGGUCGGGUGGGGGGAUUGCUGCGGAAUCAAGGUGCCGAGCUCGCUGGCGGCGGCGGAGGAGAUGAGGAAACGGGGGGUGAUGGGUGGGGGGCAGUUGAGGAGGAUACCUUUUGAUUAG